AUGGCAGCGGCAUUGGUGCAACUGCUUCGAGAAUACAAAGAAAUAUUUGCUUUCACGGUAGAGGAGAUGCCAGGCAUUGAUCCGGCCGUAGCCGUGCACAAGCUGAAUGUAGAUAGCGCUAUGAAACCAGUACGUCAGAAGAAAAUGAAUCAUGGAGAAGCAAGGAAUUUAGCUGCUGUUGCUGAAGUUCAGAAGCUAAUGGACGCAGGCUUCAUACGUCCAUGUCAGUACCCAGACUGGGUAGCCAAUGUUGGACUAGUACCUAAGCCCAAUGGGACGUGGAGGAUGUGUGUCGAUUAUACUAAUCUAAAUAAAGCCUGCCCCAAGGACAGUUUCCCGCUACCGAAGAUAGAUCGACUCGUCGACUCAACGGCAGGGCAUGCCAUGAUGAGCUUCAUGGACGCUUACUCCGGAUUUCAUCAGAUCCCUUUGUGGCCUGAAGACCAAAAGAAGACAUCAUUUGUCACAGAGCAAGGAUUGUACUGCUACCAAAAUGCAGAACUUAAAUAUCCAACUAUUGAAAAAUUUGGCUUCCCUCUGUUCUUGGCUAGCAAGAAGCUUCGCCCUUACUUCCUGGCCCAUCGGCUGAUAGUAUACACGGAUCAACCUCUGAAACGGCCAUUUACGAAUCUGGAAGCGUCUGGGAGAAUUCUCAACUGGGCAAUCGAGCUUAAUGCAUUUGACAAUUCGUACGAGCCGCGGAAGGCCAUAAAGGGGAAGGCUUUUGCUGACUUUAUUGCAGAAAUGACUAGGCCACUCUAUUUGAAAAACGAAAAGACUCAGUGGGUGGUCCACGUGGAUGGCUCUGCCACCCAAAAUGGAUGUGGAGCCGGCAUUAUCUGUGAAUCGCCAGAAGGGGAUGUCUAUGAAUAUGCAAUGCGUUUUAACUUUCAGACGUCGAACAAUGAAGCAGAGUAUGAAGCCUUGAUAUGCGGAAUCCAAAUGAGCAAAGCAGCAAGGGCGACAGAGGUCCUGGUUUUAUCCGACUCACAGUUAAUGGUCAGUCAAGUAAAGGGAGAAUAUGAAGCCAAGGAUGACGCCAUGAUAAAAUAUUUGGAAAUUGUCCAUCAAGAAGCUCAGCAGCUUACCAGCUUUGAAAUACAACACAUACCCCGGACUGAAAACAGCAAGGCGGACGCCUUAUCCAAGUUGGCAAGUUCAGCAUCCUGCGACACACCACGUCAUGUAUUUUGGGAGGCAAAAAGGUUACCAAAGAAAUGCACCUGGUUCGAGAUAUGGAACGGGACUCUAUACAAAAAGGCUUUCUCACGGCCUCUUCUUCACUGCGUAACCCCAGAGAAGGGGCAUGAAGUACUGGAAGAUCUCCAUCAGGGAUUAUGCAGCUCGCACAUAAGGGGGAGGGCCUUGGCAGAAAAGGCUCUAAGAACUGGAUAUUAUUGGCCCACUCUCAAAGAAGACGCUCUAGACUUGGUUAAGCGGUGUGAUAAAUGUCAACGGUUUGCUCAUCUAAUUCGACGGCCGGCUCAUAAACUAACACCAAUCACCAGCCCAAUACCAUUUGCCAAAUGGGGGAUGGACCUAUUAGGCCCUUAUACGACGGUACCAGGAGGAUUGCGCUAUGUGAUAAUUGCCGUCGACUACUUCACCAAGUGGGUAGAAGCUGAAGCCCUGAAAAACACUAAGGCCCAGGACGUGAGAGCUUUCAUCUGGAAAAAUAUCAUUACAAGGUUCGGCAUGCCUCAGUCCAUUAUCUUUGACAAUGGGCCACAAUUCAAGACACCCAAAUUGGAGAGUUAG